AUGGCGACGAACGCCACCGGACAGGUCCAACCGAGCGGUCCGCACCCGUGGAAAGGGUUCGCCUCCGGUUCGCUCGGCGCCAUGGCGAGCGGCGCGGUGACGCACCCGAUAGACUUGGUCAAGGUGAGGAUGCAGCUCAGAGGCGACGUCGCGGACGCGGCGAGCGUCGCGUCGAACACCCGGUGCCCCGGGAUGAUUCGCACUUUCGGACACAUCGUGAAGCGUGAGGGGGUGCUGGCGUUGUACAAAGGGCUCACGGCGUCGUUGAUGCGACAGGCGACGUUCAUCGGGACAAAGUUCGGGUCGUACGACGCGCUCAAGGCGGCGGCGCGGACGGCGGAGGAUAGCGAUGGGAAGUUGCCGUUUUGGAAGAUGACGGCGUGCGGGAUCGGAGCCGGGGCGAUCGGGGCAGCGGUUGGUAAUCCCGCGGAUUUGGCCAUGGUUCGCAUGCAGGCGGACGGGCGAUUGCCGCCCGAGUUGAGGAGGAACUAUAGGCACGGCGGCGACGCGUUGGCGCGAGUGGUCAGGGAGGAGGGCGUCUUCGCGCUCUGGCGCGGGUGCGCGCCCACGGUGAAUCGAGCGAUGAUCGUCACGGCGAGUCAGAUGGCGGUGUAUGAUCAGGCGAAGCACUACAUCUUGGAACACACGCCUCUGCGGGACGGGUUGGCGGCGCAGACGGGCGCAUCCUUCGCUGCGGGCGUCGUCGCCGCCCUCACGUCCAAUCCCAUAGACCUCGCGAAAUCGCGAUUGAUGAGCAUGAAGGCGGAUAAAAAUGGUAAGAUGCCGUACAACGGCACGCUCGAUUGCAUCGCGAAGACGAUCCAGCGCGAGGGCUUCUCCGCCGUCUACAAAGGUCUCGUCCCGACCACCGCGCGUCAGGUCCCGCUCAACGUCGUGCGCUUUGUCAGCGUCGAGCGGAUCAAAGCCCUCCUCGAACCGCUCUGA